CUAAGAGGGCAAGCUGCCGGAAAAUGCACUUUUGGAGUGGGUGUUCGCGUGUCUGGCCCAGCGUGGAGUGCGCAGUCGGCCGCCAGUGAACGACAUGUCAUCCUCGCAGGACCCAGAGGAAGGGCAGGCCGGCGCCGACUCAAGAGACCUCCGCAGCGUCCUGGUCACUAGUGUGCUUAACCUUGAGCCGCUGGACGAGGACCUCUUCAGAGGAAGACAUUACUGGGUACCCACAACCCAGCGACUGUUUGGAGGGCAGAUCGUGGGCCAGGCCCUGGUGGCUGCAGCCAAGUCUGUGACUGAAGAUGUCCAUAUACAUUCGCUGCACUGCUACUUUGUCCGGGCAGGAGACCCGAAGGUGCCAGUGCUGUAUCAAGUGGAGCGGACACGAACAGGGACUAGUUUCUCGGUGCGUUCCGUGAAGGCUGUGCAACAUGGCAAGUCCAUCUUCAUCUGCCAGGUUUCCUUCCAGCGGGAGCAGCCUAGCCCCAUGCAGCACCAGUUCUCUAUGCCCUCUGUGCCCCCACCCGAAGAGCUGCUUGGUCAUGAGGCUCUCAUUAACCAGUAUCUAAGGGACCCUAACCUCCAAGAGAAGUACCGAGUAGGGCUGAACCGUAUUGCUGCCCACAAUGUCCCCAUCGAGAUAAGGAUGGUAAAUCCGCCUUCCCCAAGUGAGCUGCAUAACAUGGAACCCAAACAGAUGUUCUGGGUGCGAUCCCAGGGACAUAUUGGGGAGGGCGACAUCAAGAUGCACUGCUGCGUGGCUGCCUAUAUUUCGGACUAUGCCUUCUUGGGCACAGCACUGCUGCCCCACCAGUGGCAGUACAAGGUGCACUUCAUGGUCUCCUUGGACCACUCCAUGUGGUUCCAUGCCCCUUUCCGAGCCGACCACUGGAUGCUUUAUGAGUGCGAGAGCCCUUGGGCUGGUGGCUCCCGGGGGCUGGUCCACGGGCGGCUGUGGCGUCGGGAUGGGGUCCUGGCUGUGUCCUGUGCCCAAGAGGGUGUGAUCCGAGUGAAGCCCCAGGUCUCAAACAGCAAACUGUAGCCAGAGGUACCAGCUGGCCUGGGGCUUCCAGGAUCACCUUCUCCCCCUCUCCUGAGGCAAGAGUGUAUAGUUGAGGGUUGGAUCUCCUGCCCCUCACAUAUAAUAAAGAGACUAAUACCAUUGGA